CUUCUUAGCCACGCCGGAGCUGUGUGUCUAGUCUGUUUCGCCGACAGUACCCUUUAAGAGAUGAUGAUGUUGGGCACCGAAGGCGGAGAGGGAUUCGUGGUGAAGGUCCGGGGCUUGCCCUGGUCUUGCUCGGCGGAUGAAGUGCAGCGGCUUUUUUCUGACUGCAAAAUUCACAAUGGGUCUCAAGGUAUUCGUUUCAUAUACACAAGAGAAGGCAGACCAAGUGGCGAGGCUUCUGUUGAACUUGAAUCAGAAGAUGAAGUCAAAUUGGCCCUGAAAAAAGACAGAGAAACUAUGGGACACAGAUAUGUUGAAGUAUUCAAGUCAAACAACGUUGAAAUGGAUUGGAUGACACUGCCGGUGGACUUCCAGGGGAGGAGUACGGGGGAGGCCUUCAUGCAGUUUGCUUCACAGGAAAUAGCUGAAAAGGCUCUAAAGAAACACAAGGAAAGAAUUGGGCACAGGUAUAUCGAAAUCUUUAAGAGCAGUCGGGCCGAAGUUAGAACUCAUUAUGAUCCACCACGAAAGCUUAUGGCCAUGCAGCGGCCAGGUCCCUAUGACAGACCUGGGGCUGGCAGAGGGUAUAACAGCAUUGGCAGAGGAGCUGGCUUUGAGAGGAUGAGGUGUGGUGCUUAUGGUGGAGGCUAUGGAGGCUAUGAUGAUUAUAAUGGCUAUAAUGAUGGCUAUGGAUUUGGGUCAGAUAGAUUUGGAAGAGACCUCAAUUAUUGUUUUUCAGGAAAGUCUGAUCACAGAUACGGGGAUGGUGGUUUCCAGAGCACAACGGGGCACUGUGUACACAUUGGAUUACCUUACAGAGCUACUGACAAUGACAUUUAUAAUUUUUUCUCACCACUCAACCCUGUGCGAGUACACAUUGAAAUUGGCCCUGAUGGCAGAGUAACUGGUGAAGCAGAUGUUGAGUUUGCAACUCAUGAAGACGCUGUGGCAGCUAUGUCAAAAGACAAAGCAAAUAUGCAACACAGAUAUGUAGAACUCUUCUUGAAUUCUACAGCAGGAGCAAGCGGUGAACACAGAUAUGUAGAACUCAUCUUGAAUUCUACAGCAGGAGCAAGCGGUGGUGCUUAUGGUAGCCAAAUGAUGGGAGGCAUGGGCUUGUCAAACCAGUCCAGUUAUGGUGGCCCAGCCAGCCAGCAGCUGAGUGGUGGUUAUGGAGGUGGCUAUGGUGGCCAGAGCAGCAUGAGUGGAUAUGACCAAGUUUUACAGGAAAACUCCAGUGAUUUUCAAUCAAACAUUCCAUAGGUAGCCAAGGAGCAAUGAACAGCAGCUACUACAGUAGUGGAAGCCGAGCAUCUAUGGGCGUAAAUGGAAUGGGAGGGAUGUCUAGCAUGUCCAGUAUGAGUGGUGGAUGGGGAAUGUAAUUGAUCCUGAUCACUGACUCUUGGUCAACUUUUUUUAAGAAAA